AUGCUGAGACGAACCUGCACAGUUGGGUUUUUGAGUCUUGGAAAUGGAUCAUUGUAUGUUGGAAUAUGGUACUAUAAGAUUUAUGAACAAAUCGUAGUUUGGGUUGCCAAUCAAGACAACCCAAUCAAUGUAGAAGCUGCAACAAACAGUUCUUAUUCAGCACGGCUCUUGGAUUUGGGUAAUUUAGAGGUGUCGUUCCAAAGUGGUGAUAUUAAUGAAAGUAGUAGUGUUGUUGUGUGGCAAAGUUUUGAUUAUCCUACCAAUACUAUACUACCAAGCAUAAAACUUGGGCUGGAUUGGAGGACGGGUUUGUACCAUUUCUUGACAUCUUGGAAGUCAUGUGAUGACCCGAGUACCGGGGAAUAUUUCUAUCGGAUGGACCCUAGUGGGUUACUCCAAUCAUUCUUGCACAAGGGUCCGACCCAGUUAUGGAGAACCGGGCCAUGGAUUGGUGACAAAUGGAGUGGCCCAACAGAGAUGUCACCCAAUUCAUAUUGUGAAAAAUCUUUAAAUCCCUAA